UCAAGAUGGCAGAGAGUGAUAUUCUUUUCAAAACAUUUGUUGUCCGAAAUGUUUUACCGAUUUGUGCCAUUAUAAUAGGGUUAUAUAUACUUAAAAGGAACAAGAAAAAAGUUAAUGGUAUAGUGUCAGCGUAUUUACUCAAUAGAUUUGUACCAUCUGCAAAUAAGGCAACAAAACGAGAAAAAGAGAAACUUUUUGCAGAAUUAUUUGAUCAACAACGCGGUAUUGACAGCGAUUUAAUGAUACUAGAAAUUGGUGCAGGAGGUGGAGCCAAUUUUGAGUUUUAUCCUCCAAAUAGCGCUAUUACUUGUUUAGACCCAAAUCGGUAUUUUAAUGAAUAUCUUUUGGAAAAUUCAAAGAAAUAUGGAGUGCAUGUGAAGUUUUUGAAAGGUUUUGCUGAAAAAAUGGAUGAUUUAGAAAGUGACAUAUUUGAUGCCGUCGUUUGCACUUUUGUACUUUGCACUGUUGAUACCACAAAGUCUUUACAGGAAGUAAGAAGAGUUCUGAAACCGGGUGGGAAAUUUUAUUUCUUGGAACAUGUUGCAGCAGAAAAAGGAUCAUUUUUAAGCUGUAUUCAGAGGCUUCUGAAUCCAGUUUGGAGGAGGAUUCUGGGUGGAUGUCAGAUUAUAAAGGAUUCAGGGGAAAGUGUGAAAAUGGCUGGAUUCAGUAAUACACAUAUCACACCAUUCAGUGGAAAGUUUCCUUUUGUGUUUGUUGUCAGACCUUUGUGUAUGGGUAUAGCAACAAAGUGAUCAUUUUUCUCAUGUAUGUUCAUGUCUAUAUGAGAUUUUUAUUAGCUGCUUUUAAUAUAUGUAUAUAUUCCUGAAAGAUGCAGAUUCAUAUGAAUACUUAAAAAGUUGCUUGUGUAAAUCACCUUAAUUAGUUUGUUUAAAAUACAUCCAUGCAUUUAAAAAGAUCUGUGAGUAUUUUUCUUCUUUCUUAUCAGGAACUAAACUCUCAGAAUAACCAAUCUGAAUGCAGUAAGCAAAGACCUGAUAUUAUUUAUAAUUUAUGAAACAAAUUUAUCAGCAAAGGAAGUUUGUUAAAAGUCUUUUAUUAUGUAAUUUCUUAACUAUAAACAUUAAUUAUGAGUCAUUCAUUCUCAUAUAUUUGUCAUUCAAUUCUCA